CAAUCUGCUUUCAGUCUCUAUGGCUUUGCCUGGUCUGUGUAUUUCAUAUAAAUGGAAUCAUACAAUAUGUGCUCUGUUGUGUCUGGCUUCUGUCACCCAGCAUCAUAUUUUGGAAGUUCAUCCACACUGUAGACCAUUGCUGUCCUCGUUUCCAAAGACUCUCUCUACUGCUUCCUUUGGGGCAAGGGUCUCCUCGGCCCACAACUCCCUGAGCUGCAUGGGAGCUAUGCUGGGGCCUUGGAUUCCCCGAUAGUGCCCUUCAAUCCCCCUGACACUCAAAUAAACAUCCAAAGCCUAGUCAGAUGGGGAUCCAUGCUAUUCUAUGUGAGACCCAUCUAUUGUCAGGUCACUAGGGAUCUUUCUGGAAGGUGAGAACUUCUUCACUGCCAGGUCAGUUCCAAGAAGGCAAAAUAUUUGCUGAGGAAUGAAUGAAUGAAUGAAUGGGUGAAUCAGGCAACCCAAAGGCACCCUCAACACGGAGCUAGACUUCCCCCAUCAGACCUUGUCUUUGUCUUCAUAUCUCAUCUUCUUCUGACGACCAGAAUAAGUUUCUGUUCCCAAAGAACACAGGAUGUACCAGUUCUGCCUUCUAGCUAUUCUCAGUCUCUCAUGAUGCAAUGCCACCCUUUGAGAAAACUGGCCAAGAGCCAUCCUUGUGGUGCAACCUUCCCUCACCAACCUCUAUGUGUUCCACAGGCUGACGCCACUACCCUACCUACAGGAAGGUAUUCCAGGUUCAAGGGCACUGUCUGCUAAGAUACCUCCAGGCAGCCAGAGGCCAAUAGAAGGCUGGUUUUGGGACCUAUGUAAGAUGCUAAACAUCCUGGCUUCUGCAGCACCUGCCAACUUUGGGCUCCCUGUUGCUGGAGAGCUCCCAAGAGCUAUCCCAAGGUAGAUUUAUGACACACCCGCCCCCACCAACCCAAAAAAGUGACAAACAACAGAGCAGCCUCCCUUUAAAGAGGGGCAGCAGGAUGGAAAGCAGACACAGCCAGGACCAUGAUGCUGUCAACUGUCCUGUUUCUCGGUGUCCUCAUUGGCCUCUUGCUACUCUGGGGUCACCCAACCUCCCGGGGAUGCCUCCCUCCAGGACCUUGGCCUCUGCCCUUCCUGGGGAACAUUUUGCAAAUAGACCACCAGGGCUUUCUCAAGACCUUCCAGUUGCUGCAGAAGAAAUACGGGGAAGUCUUCACAGUCUACCUGGGACCCCGGCCUGUUGUCAUCCUGUGUGGGUACAAGGCAGUGAAAGAGGCUCUGGUGGAUCAAGCUGAGGCUUUCUCUGGCCGAGGACACAUCGCCAUCAUCGAUCCCUUCUUCAAGGGGAGAGGUGUGGCCUUUGCCCAUGGAAAGUCUUGGAAGGUCCUUCGGCAGUUCUCUCAGCUCACCAUGAGAGAGUUUGGGAUGGGGAAGCAGAGCAUUGAGAAGCAAAUCCAGGAGGAGGCUCAGCGUCUGGUAGAGGAGCUCCAGAAAUCCCAGGGGGCCUAUCUGGAUCCCACCUUCUUCUUUCACUCCGCCAUGGCUAACAUCAUCUGUACUAUCAUCUUUGGACAGUGCUUCAAUAACCAGGACCCUGGAUUCCUACGGUUGCUACAUUUAAUGAAUGAUAUCUCCGAUCUUUCCAGCUCUUUCUAUAGCCAGAUGUUUGAAGUCUUCUCCGGCAUCCUGAAAUACUUUCCGGGCAUCCACAGGGACGUGUACAGCAAAGUCCAAGAAAUUGAAGAUUUUGUCAUUAAGAACAUCCAGAGGCACCAGGAAAUGCUGGACCCCAGCGCCCCAAAGGACUUCAUCGAUUCCUUCCUGGUCUGCAUGGACAAGGAGAGCUCUGAUCCUGAGAGCGAGUUUCACUUUAAGAACCUUGUCUACACGGUUGUCUCGCUGUUUCUCGCCGGCACAGAGAGCUCCAGCAACACUCUCUUGCAUGGAUUUGUACUCCUUCUUAAGAACCCUGAUGUUGUAGAGAAAGUCCAGGAGGAGAUUGACAGAGUGAUUGGCUCACACCAUCUCCCAGCCCUUGAAGAUCGGGCGAAAAUGCCUUACACAGACGCCGUCAUCCAUGAAAUUCAGAGAUUCAGUGACAUCCUCCCCCUUGGUGUUCCGCGCUGUGUCAUCAAGGACACUCACUUCCGGGGAUAUCAUAUCCCUAAGGGCACCACUGUGUAUCCCUUCUUGAGCUCUGUCCUCCAUGACCCAUGCCACUUUGAGAAGCCAGAAACGUUCCACCCUGGCCACUUCCUGGAUGCGGAGGGCAACUUCAGGACGCAGGAGACCUUUAUCCCAUUCUCCCUAGGAAGACGCUUCUGCCUGGGUGAGAGCCUGGCCCGCUCGGAGCUCUUCCUGUUCUUGACCUCUGUGCUACAGAACUUCACCUUGAGAUCUCCCAAGGCCCUGGAAGAUAUUGAUAUCACUCCCCGGAGGAAUGGGCUGGGAAAAAUGCCCCCUGAGUUCCAGCUCUGCUUCCUGCCCCGCCAGGGAGUGGCACCAAGGGAAUUGGGGCCAUGAACCGUAAGACUCAGGCUCAGCUGCGGCAGGUGGCCAGAAGGAAAGCUGUGGAAGCUGAUUUGUGUGGGAUGGAGGUUGUUCAAGAGCCAUUGAUGGGCCAGCCCAGGCAUCCUCCAGUAGGGGUGAGAUUGGGUUGCUGGCACUAAACUCAUGGGGAAUCAGUGGGAGUGGAAGAUGGAACAGAGAGAGCCAGGUAGAAACUACUGCCUUUUAGAACCUUGCCUUGGAAGUCUGGUAUGCAUUCCACUGGCCAGGGCAGCUACAAAUUCCACCCAGAUUCCAGAGGAGGAGAAAGAAGUGACAUUGAAUAACCAACAAUUCACAUACUUAACAAAGCAGGAGACCAUCAACAAACAUGCACCUAUUUACAAAUUACUACUUAGGGUACCCAGGACCUUACACUGUGUCAGAGACUUUGCCUCUUGUCAGUAAUUUAUUUUAAAUUAUGUAUCAGUCUAUUUAUCUUUCCAAAAUGUAAAGUGUUUUGCAGUUGAAGAGCACUUUAUAAUUACAGAGGUAUUUGAUGUGGACAGAUUAUUUUGCAUUUAAAAAUAUUGUUUGCCUUUAGCAAAACUCUUUGAGGCAGAGUGUUCUGUAGUAUACAGAACUCCUUGUUGUUUACAGAACAUUCUGUAGUUUUUAAGUAGUUUGACAUUUACAAAGCACUUUACCACUUACAAAGAUUCCAAAUGGCACAUGGGAUAGAGUAUUUGUAAAUACUGCACUUGGUCUAUACAGCAUUUUGUAACAUAAAAAUUUUUCUGUUUACAAAAGAUCUUAGCAGAGUGGCAGGGUGCAUUGUAAUAAAGUGAUUUUUUUUCCAUUUGACAAAGUGCAUAUUUAGUAAUUCCUUUGUAGCAUUCACAGAGAAGUUGUCAUUCAUGAAGGGCUUUAUUUCUACCUAUAGUACAAGUCAAAAUAGAACAGCACUUAAUUAAGGUUUAAAAAUAAAGCCCUUGGGCAGUUUACAAAUCCUCCAGGUUUCAUCUGAUGUUAGGAUGCUGAGAUGGUGAUUAGGCAGCAAAUCAGGGAGAUGUCUCUGCCCAAUGGGAACUGACAUCAAGUCGGGGAGAAAAUUAAAAAAUAAAAUCAUAGCAGACAGUGAUGAGCGCUAUGAAGAGAGCUCAGAACUGAUGAAGAUAGGAAAUGAAUAGGAAGAAGUGGGGAGCAAAUUCAGAGCAACAGUGUUCAGUCACAGAACACUGCAAAAGACCUCCCAAACCAACCAGUUAUUUAUAAGGUGCUUUCCUGCUUACAAAGCACUUUUGAAGUCACCAUCACACUUGAUUCUUAAGAUAGCUUUGGGAGACGAGUAAAUAUUAUGAGUAAAUAUCAUAAACUAUUUUUUACUUAUUAUUUUUUUAGAGAGGGCGGGGGGAGGGCCAGAGAGAGAGAAUCUUAAACGGGCUCCAUGCUGGGCUUGUGGCUCAAUCCCACGACCCUGAGAUCAUAACCUGAGCCAAAAUCAAGAGUUGGAUGCUUAACCAACUGAGCCACCCAGGUGUCCCAUAAGUUGCAUUUCUUUUCUUUUCAAGAUUUGAUUUAUUUAGGGCAAGAUUUUACUUCUUUAGGACCCCCCUUGGGUCCCCUCCCUCCUUGGGAUCUUUGUAUGAUCACUGUUGUCACUCAAAAAACCUUGCUUUGUUGCUGCCCACUAAAAAAAUAUAUAGAUAUAGAUGAUAUAGAUAUAGAUAUAGAUAGAUAUAGAUAUAGAUAUAGAUAUAUUUACUUACUUAUUUGAGAGGGAGAGCGAGCAAGCACAAGCAGGAGGAGGGGCAGACAGAGGGAGAAGCAGACUCCCCGCUGAGCAAGGAGCCCGAUGUGGGCUCGAUCCCAGAACCCUGGGAUCAUGACCUGAGCCAAAGGCAGAUGCGUAUCCAAUUAAGCCACCCAGGCAUCCCUGGAAAUUGGGUUUAGGUAAGGUCAUGUGGGUGGAGCCCCCAGGGUGAGAUUAGAGCAUUUAUAAGAAGGGGAAGUAGAAUGCCUUGGUGGCUCAGCCAGUUAAGUGUCCAACUCUUGGUUUUGGCUUCAGGUCAUGAUCUCAGGGUUGUGAGACUGAGCCCCAUGUUCGGCUCUGAGCUCAAUGCAGAGUCUACUUAAAGAUUCUCCCUCUCCCUCUGCCUCUCCUCCCCGUGUGUGCCCUCUCUCUCUCUAAAAUAUAUAAAUGAAAUCUUUUAAAAAAAGAAGAAGAAGAAGACGAGGAAGAGAUAGCAGGCACCAUGUACCCUCUCCCCACCAUCUGACAAUAGUGGGAGAAGGCAGUGUCUGUAAGCCAGAAGCUGCUCACUGAGAAAAGGAUCCAUCAGCAUGGAUCUUGAUCUGGGACUUCCUAUCCUCCCGAACUGUGAUAAAUAAAUGUGUUUAACCCA